AUGGAGGGGUCUGCUGGUUCGAUGGAUCAGGAGGAAAUAGCAGGUGAGGAAAUGAGUUUGGCACAGCAAGCCGUGGCUGCCUAUGGUACCUGCCAUCCUCGUCCGCGCCUCCAUGUCGAGGAGAAAUCGGGCACUGUGCUUCGGCAGCCCAGCCGGUGGGUGCUAUCCCAAGCCAACAAUCCAAUCUGUGUCGAGAACCCGCUCUAGCAUCCAGCAUCGCUCUGCCGUGGCAGCCCAAGGAGUGGGGGUUGGGUCUUGACCGCCACGAGGCCAACUGCCACAUCACAGAUGCUGGUCCGCCAGACAGGGGUCCAUGGCCGCGAUUGACUGACUAGCCGGUACCUGGCAUUGCCCGCCGCCGAACGAUCAGGAGCCACACACUUCUCGCUGCCG